CAUCAACGGAAUCUUAAACUCAAAUCAUCCAUCGAAAGGAACGCCUAACCAAUCGUCAGCUCGCCACUCACUCACUAGUCACUGCCCUCUUUCUGCUAUGGUUCCCGCUCUCAAUCUAAUCAUCCUUCCUUUAUGAGUAAAACUCAGAGUCAGAGGAAGAAAGAAGACGAAGAAGAAGAAUCCCAAAUCAUGCCGUCUUCGCCUAAAUCCUUCAGCGCCCGUCCGUUCUCCGCUACUCGCAGAUCAAAUGCCCUCGUCGUCAUCGUCUCCCUCUGCAUCGGAAUCUCCGGCUUCGUUUUCGGUCUCACCGCCCUCUUCGUUUCCCCUUCCGCUCGCCGUUGCGGCGGCAACAUCCGCCCGCGAUCGGUGAGUGUGGUGUGGGAGACCAAUGCCCUGACCAGUGAGCUGAAAGCAGACCGAGGCGGCCUCCUUCUCGAUGGCGAGAGGACGAGGCAUAAGGUCAUGGCCUUUGUAGGGAUUCAGACCGGUUUCGGAUCUUCGGGUAGGAGGCAAUCGCUGAGGAAGACGUGGAUGCCGUCGGAUCCCCAAGGGCUUCAACGCUUGGAAGAAUCUACUGGUUUAGCAUUCAGGUUUGUAAUUGGUAGAACCAAGGAUAAACGGAAGAUGUUAGAGCUUGACAAGGAAGUUGAAGCUUAUGAUGAUUUCUUGCUGCUAGAUAUCGAGGAACAGUACAGUAAGCUUCCUUAUAAAACAUUGGCUUUCUUCAAAGCUGCAUAUGCACUCUUCGAUUCCGAUUUCUACGUGAAGGCGGACGAUGACAUUUACUUGAGGCCUGAUCGUCUCUCCACGCUCCUAGCUAAAGAUCGGCCUCAUUCGAGGACAUAUCUCGGCUGCAUGAAGAAGGGACCGGUUUUUAGUGAUCCAAAACUCAAAUGGUAUGAGCCGCUUCACUAUAUGCUAGGGAGUGAGUAUUUUCUCCAUGCUUACGGUCCAUUUUAUGCUCUUUCAGCAGAUGUCGUUGCAAGCUUGGUUGCUCUCAGAAAUAACAGUUUUAGGAUGUUCAGCAACGAAGAUGUUACAAUCGGUUCAUGGAUGCUCGCAAUGAAUGUUAACCACGAGAAUGAUCGACAUCUUUGUGAAACAGAUUGUAGUCCGUCGUCGAUUGUCAUCUCGGAUAUUCCCACCUGUUCAGGGUUGUGUAAUCCAGAGACAAGAUUGUUGGAACUGCACAAGAGGAAGAACUGCACGGAUACACCAACUGUUGAUGAUUAGCAAUUUUGUUCUCCGUUACCCCGAUGAAGUUGGAGACCAGGAUUGUUCGCAGGGCAACCAUCCUUAUUGGUUUCUCCUCUCUUAAUAUCAUGUCUUGUUCUGAUUAUGAAAAAUGGAUAACAGAAAGUGGGCAGAGCCAAUUUUGUACACCAGCAACAUU